AUGGUUGCUAAGGGUGAAUCUGUCCAUUCUAUGAAGAAUGGCUUUCUAGUGGUUCCAUUUAGGCUCCCAGUAACCCGUUUUCUGCCGGGUGAUGAGUCUAAGCACCACUACAUGUUUGUGAAGAAGCAUCAAUCCAAGGUACAAGAGGAGCAGUCAUGUCUAUUUGUGGUGAAUAUACCGCUAUUGACUGGUCUAGAGACUUUGAAAUCCGCAUUUAAUAAAAUAUUUGCACAAUACGAUACGGUAUCGCAUAUUGAAGACCUUUUGUAUCACGAUGAAUUUGGGUUGAGGGAAGUUGAUCUUUCCAGGUUAACAAGUGAUUUGUUGUCUACUGGUACACCAGAAGAGACUCGUUUUACACCUAGGAACACUGCAUUGCUCAAAUUUGUCGAUGAAGCAAGUGUAAAUAAUUGUUUGAGUGCCCUAAGGAAAUAUUCACAAUCUGACAAGUCUAAAAGCAUAGAAUGGGAAUAUACGUCACCAUCAGUAUCCGCUUUAUUAGACUUUUACAAACCAUUACCCAAAGAUUAUUUGAAAGAAGAUAUCGCUGAACAUAUGUCCAUUUUCGAACAACGUGAACAGCAGGCACAAGAAGAUGUGCAAAGCUCACUAGUGGAUGAAGAUGGAUUUACCCUAGUGGUAGGGAAGAAUACCAAAUCCUUGAACUCUAUAAGAAAGAAAGUGUUGAACAAAAAUCCAUUAUCGAAACAUGAGAGUAAAGUGUUGCCACCAUCCGCAGUGGAUAAGAAGGCCAAGCAAGAUUUCUACCGAUUCCAAAUUAGAGAACGUAAGAAGCGUGAGAUUAACCAACUGUUAGUCAAAUUUAAAGAGGAUCAAGAAAGAAUUAAAGUCAUGAAAGCCAAAAAGAAAUUCAAUCCAUAUACAUAG